AUGAACCGGUGGGAUCUAUUGAUCGCAGAAAAGCCUUAUCGUAUUGCGGAGCUUGAGGCCUACGUCCACUCGCCUCAUCAUGCGGAUCCCUAUGCUCAUGGGGAUGAAGGGCAAGCAAGCUGCGGCGUUUGGUACUUUCACAAGAAGGGUGGCACCUACAAGAGUGGAAGCUUCAAGGGCAUGGACCUUGCUUGUGGUGACAAAGACUGCGACGUUUUUGCAGGCCUGCUCCUGCGUUCGGUGGUGGACGCAGAUGGCAAGCUCACUGAAGGUCCAUGCUUGGUUGUCGACAAGAUUCUGGAACUAAACGGCAAAGCCUCGAUAGCGGCGUUUGCAGAUGGCCGCAGUGCUGCGGAGCUGUCUGCACUGGACACCGGUGGCCUCAGGCUGCAAAGGGCGGAAGUUCCCCGCGCUGAUCCAGUGCGGUCCUCUGCGCGUGUCGGUUUGGUCCUUCGUGAAGAGACGUCUGAAGACAUGAAGGGCCCCAAGACUCACAUGCAGGGCCGGCCUGUGGAGUUCUGCACCAGGCCAUACCGCUUCUCCACGGUUGCUGAACGGCUGACCAAGUUCAGAAGUGGCUUCGUGGCAACUGCCCAUCUGACAGGCGCAGAGGGUGUUGGCAAGCUGGGCCUCUCUGACCAGAAUUUCUCCAAGUAUGUGAAAGCCGCGGAAGAUGGCAAAUCCCAGGAUCCCAAAGCGUGGAUCAACAGGAAGAUAUCCACUCAGCCAGAGCUCUGCGAGUUCAUAGGGGCCUGCCAUGGCGUUCUGGACUUGCUGCCGUCGGGCAUGUACGUGCUGCCUUGCUUCGACUCCGUCCUAACCUGGCAGGGUGCCCUUUUCAUCAAGCAGGGGCUGUACAGGGGUGCAGUUUUCAAGUUUCGCCUGGUGCUGCCAGAGGAAUAUCCGGACCAGGGCCCCGAUCUGUUCUUCACCUCGGAAGUCUUCCACCCCAUGGUUGAUCCCAAGACCGGGCAAGUGGAGCUGGGGUCGCUGUUUCCGGAGUGGCGGCCAGGACGAGAUUUCGCGGCCUUCGCGUUGCCUCACCUACACCGGGCCUUCCUGCGCAGGGAGUACUUUUCCAGCAACGCGCGGCCAGCACUGAAUCCAGAGGCUAAGCAGCUCUUCAUAUCGGAUCCAGCCCUGUUUGCCGAGCGCGCCGCUGCCCCGUACCUGUAA